UGCCUGACUCCUCUGUACCUUGUGGACGGCUGGCAGAUCACGACAGUGGAGGGCCUGGGCAAUCAGAGGAAUGGGUUCCAUCCCAUACAAGACAGAAUUGCCAAGUUCAACGGCACUCAGUGUGGCUACUGCACCCCAGGCAUGGUCAUGAAUAUGUAUGGAUUACUGCACCAGAAGCCAAAUGUCACUGCUCAAGGCCAGUCUCCUUGCAAGAAGCUGAGGCCAUUUUCAGAGCUGAGAAAGACAAAAAAGUGAGGCUAGUCUUUGGAAAUACUGCUGCUGGAAUCUUCAAAAACGAAGGACCUUUUGAUGUUUACAUUGACCUUCACAGAAUCAAAGAAAUUUUCUCCUAUCAGGUCAGUGCUGACAGUGUUCGCUUCGGAGCUGCCACCUCUUUGACCGAUUUCAUCUCCAAACUACAAGCCAACCAGGAUAAGCCGGGUUUCCAGUACUUCUCAGCACUUGUCCGUCAUCUCAAGGUCGUUGCCAAUGUGAUGGUCAGAAAUGCAGGCACCAUAGCUGGCAACCUCAUGAUAAAGCACAACCAUCCAGAUUUUCCCUCGGAUAUCUUCACAUUGCUGGAAGCUGCUGGUGCCAAGGUAGAAAUUUAUGAUUCCGCAGCAUCCAAGUUCUCCUCAUACUCUCUGUUGGAGUUUUUGCGCCAGGUCAACAUGAAGGGUCAGGUGCUGACUGCCGUCAUUCUUCCAAAGUUUGGUGAUGAUGUGGUUUUCAAAUCCUUCAAGAUAACACCAAGAUGGCAGAAUGCCCAUGCAUAUGUCAAUGCUGCUUUUAAGAUUGUGACAGAGAACAGCACCAUCAAAGGAAAGCCUUCUCUGGUCUAUGGUGGCAUCAAUGCUGACACAGUGCAUGCCACAGACACGGAGAAAUUCUUGGAGAACAGGACACUGUCUGAGGCAGUUGUGAAAGAGGCCCUGACUGUCCUCCGCGGAGAGCUGCGCCCAGAGAGUGACCAACUCCUCUCCUCCCCCAAGUAUAGACAGGAUGUGGCCGCAUCUCUUCUCUACAAGGUUUUGCUCAGCAUUUACAAGACACAGGACCCCAAACUGAGGUCAGGACCUGACUGCCUGCAGAGGCCUAUCUCCACAGGUCUACAGACCUAUCAGGAAAUGAAGAGUGAAUUUCCUCUCAAAGAGCCAAUGCCCAAACUUACCGCUCCACUUCAGGCAUCAGGAGAAGCUCAGUACGUGAACGACAUCCCUACUUUCCAGCAUGAGCUGUUUGGAGCGUUUGUUCUCUCAGAUCAGGCGGCGGCUACGCUGGAGUCUAUGGAUGCCUCAGAAGCUCUGAAAAUGCCUGGAGUGGUGGCCUUCUUGACUGCCAAAGACAUACCAGAAGGAGGCACCAACAACUACAUGACGUCAGUUGGAAUAUUUGCUUUUGCUCCGCAGGAGCUGUUUGCAACUAAGGACGUCUAUUUUGCUGGCCAGUCUCUGGGUCUGAUUGUUGCAGAAACCCAGAGUCAAGCCAAUGCUGGGGCCAAGAAAGUCCACAUCACUUACUCUGAUGUCCAGAAGCCUAUCUUGUCCAUUGAGGAAAGUAUUGAGGCUGGCAGGGAGAUGGAGUACCCGAAUAGCGAGAUCGUUGUUGGACAACCGGAUGAUGUUUGGAAUACAGUGGAAAAAACUGUAGAAGGAGAGUGCAAGAUGGGCUCACAGUACCACUUCUUUCUGGAAACUCACGUAUCUCUGGCUGUUCCCUCAGAAGAUGGCAUAGAUGUGUACGCUGCCACUCAGUUCGCCAACAUGAACCAAAUCGUGGCCGCAAGCGUCAUUGGGAUGCCUCUCAAUUACAUCAACAUGACCGUUCCUCGCGUGGGCGGGGCUUUCGGAGGCAAGGCCUGGGAUUCCUGCUCUAUCACCGGGGCUGCCACGAUGGCCGCACAUCUCCUUGGAAGGCCCGUGCGAGUGUCCCUGGAUUUGUCCACCAACAUGAGGAUGUGUGGGAAGAGACCUCCGAUCCUGGCCAGAUACAAGGCAGGGUUCAGCUCCUCUGGCGACGUUCAGGUGAUUGACAUGGACGUCUACAUGGACAUGGGACACAAGCUACGAGCUGGUGGCCUUGUUUCAACCCUCGGCUUUAUUGACAUGGGGUACUUUAUCCCCAACUGGAAGAUACGAGGUCACGCCAUGUUCACCAACAAACAGACCAUGUCACCCACCCGUGCUCCAGGUUCCGUCCCAGCGUCCUUUAUGAUAGAAACCAUCAUGGAGCACGUUUCGAAGUCGGUGAACAGACACCCGAUACUGGUGAAGGAAGUCAAUCUGUACGAGCAGCAUCAGGAAAAUCUGUGGAAGAAACGAGGCAUCACAAUGACAACGUGUAAGUACGGGAUGGCCUACUUCGGCAACGGGUUCACGGCCAAUGUGUCCAUCUACGCCCAGGACGGCUCUGUUGUGGUCAGUCAAGGAGGGGUGGAGAUGGGACAAGGACUGUAUACCAAGGUAGCUCAGGGCGUGGCUCACACUCUGGGAGUUCCCAUAGACAGAGUGAAGAUCCGGCCCAACCAGAGUAUCAUCUCUCCCAACAGCUGGGUAUCUGGGGGAAGUGUCGCCAGUGAAUCCUCCAUGCAGGCUGCCAUUGGUGCCUGUAACAUCUUAAAGGAGAGAAUGCAGCCGAUCAGGGAAAAGUUCCCCGAUGCUGACUGGAAAGAGCUGUGCGGAAAAUGUAUUCAGAAUAAAGUUGACCUGUCAGCCAAGUUCACCAAUGCCCCGGACAUGGGCAAGCCGACAUACAACUAUUUCACCUACUGCGCCGCCGUAGUGGAGACAGAGGUGGACAUCCUCACAGGCGAGUCACAGAUCCGCAGAGUGGACAUUAUGUGCGACUUUGGAGAAAGGAGUACAAGCCCCCCACCACCAAGGACAUCCCGAUUGACUGGCGGAUACAUUUACUGCCGGACACCCCGAACCCUCUUGGAGUACGGAGCUCCAAAGCUACUGGCGAGCCUCCCAUUUCGCUGUCUGUUGGGGCAUUGUUUGCCAAUAAACUUGCCGUUCAGUCUGCACGUAAAGAUCUGUUUGAUGCCGACGACUUCGUGGACACAGUUGCCCCAUACACAGUGGAGAGAGCCCAGCAGAGUGUCGGACUGUCUGUGCCUGACUUCCGGCUCUGAUUCCGGAGCUGUCUCGCGCCGUCCUUGGACACAGAGUAAAAGUAGACUUGAACACAGAGUAAAAGUAGACUUGAACACAGAGUGAAAGUAGACUUGAACACAGAGUAAAAGUAGACUUGAACAUGGAGUAAAAGUAGACUUGAACACAGAGUAAAAGUAGACUUGAACACAGAGUAAAAGUAGACUUGAACACAGAGUAAAAGUAGACUUGAACACAGAGUAAAAGUAGACUUGAACACAGAGUAAAAGUAGACUUGGACAUAGAGUAAAAGUAGACUUGAACACAGAGUAAAAGUAGACUUGAACACAGAGUAAAAGUAGACUUGGACAUAGAGUAAAAGUAGACUUGGCUAGGCAUAAAGGUCUUGUACAUUUUGCUCUCACUGUGAAAAAUAGACUAGAGGGUAAACGGCAGAGGUAGACCAA